UUUGAAGAAAUAGAAAGAAGUCACUUAUUUAUGCGAGACGGCGUCUUUAUUUUCAAAUUUAAUUGGUUAAGUUUUGAAGUGAGAACGGUGUAACAUUGCUUUGGUGUCCUUGAACGACUGUUAUAAUAGUGUUAGUGAAAUUAUAGAAUACAAAUACAUAUUUUAUUAGGAAUUGUCUAGGAGAAGAACUAUCCAAUAUGGGCGACCAACAGUUUUUCCUGAAAUGGAAUGACUUUCAGACAAAUAUGGUGACUUCCUUUAGACACUUAAGAGAUGAGAAAAGCUUUACAGACGUAACUCUCGCAUGUGAAGGGCAGACAUGUAAAGCUCAUAAGAUGGUGCUCUCCGCUUGCAGUCCAUAUUUCAAAAGCUUGUUAGAGGAAAACCCAUCGAAACAUCCAAUAAUAAUAUUAAAGGAUGUCUCUUACUUGCACUUACAAGCGAUACUGGAGUUUAUGUACGCGGGUGAAGUGAACGUGUCGCAGGAACAGUUGCCUGCCUUCCUCAAGACAGCCGCAAGACUUAAGGUGAAAGGUCUCGCUGAACCUCCACCGCAGAUGCCCACCAUCAAACGGGAAGGCUAACACCAGCUCAGUGCGCAAGUGCCCUAAAGACUUUAGUGAUUGUAAUGAAGAAAGCCAAUGUAACAUACCACUAACUAACCUCAACUGUUCAUUUAAUUUCGAUACCUUUUUUUAAGUUAACAAACUUUCUACACAUUGGACUUAGGUAAGUGAAUAACAAAUUGUUAAAAAAUUAUUGAAAAUUCCUAAUUUGACAUAUGCCCUUCAAAAGUAGAGUGAAUUUAAUAAGCUAGCAUAUACCAACUAUAUACUUAACCUCAGGUUUUGUUGUCAAGCCAUAUUUUAUUCUAAAAAUA